UUAUUUGUGAUUAGUAUGUUAUCAUAGUUACUGUUGUUUGCAUUCUUUGUGAGAAGAAUGUGAGAAGCAAAAGUAUUAUAAACCCUGUCCAGGUGGUCAUAUUUGUGCUGUCUUUACAAAGUUUCAACCUUGUUAAAAUGACAAAAGGUGGUAAGAAAUACUCAUCAAUGGAAAAGGAUGGCAAAUGGUUGGCUCAUGCAGGUUUACCAGCAAAUGACACCAGUAAACGGGAGACGUGCACCAGCACAGGGUAUAUGAUGUCUCAGAGUGAACCACUACCUCCUGCAUCGAGCAUAGAGAAGUAUCCCAAGAUCUUCAUCAACACAGAACAGGGAUUAGGCCGCAAGAAGUGCCUGGACGAGCGUAGACAACAUUACUCACACUUCUGCCUGUGCCACCAUGGAAGUGUGAGUGGCGUGGGGGAGACGAGGGGAGACUUCUCAGCCUAUCAGACAGACUACCAGGACCGCCAGGACACAGACGGCUCCUCCACCAGCAGGCGUUUUCCCAGUAACCAUCUUGAUAGGUCCACUGUGGCAGCUGCUGCCCAGGCAGGAGAGCACUUUAUGUGGUUCGGGAGGCAUGAUGAGGACCGUCCUGUGCCCCUUGAAGUGCUGGCAGCUACCAACUGCUCCUCCUCAUCCAAGCCGUCCAGACACUCCUACCAUAUCAGGCAUUAGAUGAAUACACCAUAUUACCCAAAUACUCUUCUUUAGGAAAUCACAAAGCAACACAUCUUGAUAGUUCUCCAAGUGCAAAUAAAAAAAUAUGAA